CAGGCAGUAACUGCGAUGGCUCAAGUAUCUCAAAAUUCAGAGAAGUGAAUAAGACAUCCCCCCUCAACUCCAAUAUAAAUAGUUCAUACUCAGACUGCAACUGCCUCCAUGUCCACAGAGAGGUAGUUCAGAGAUCUAGCAAGAGCAAUAGCCAAUCAUUAGACGAGAUAUUUCAUCAAAUAUAUUUUAGGCUACAAUGGAUCCUUUGGUUAUGGCUCAUGUCAUACAGGAUGUGUUGGAGCCCUUUACACCAACCGUUCCACUCAGAAUAACGUACAACAACAGGCUACUUCUAGCAGGUGCUGAGCUAAAGCCAUCUGCGGUUUUAAGUAAACCACGAGUUGAUCUUGGUGGCAAUGACAUGAGGGCUUUCUACACCCUGGUACUGAUUGACCCCGAUGCCCCAAGUCCGAGCAAUCCCUCUCUAAGGCAGUACUUGCACUGGAUGGUGAUAGAUAUUCCUGAAACAACUAACAUCAGCUUUGGCAAAGAGCUAGUACUUUAUGAGAGACCAGAGCCAAGAUAUGGCAUCCACAGGAUGGUAUUUGUGCUGUUCCGGCAACUUGGCAGGGGCACAGUUUUUGCACCAGAAAUGCGUCACAACUUCAACUGCAGAAGCUUUGCACGGCAAUACCACCUCAAUAUUGCCGCUGCCACAUAUUUCAACUGUCAAAGGGAAGCUGGGUCAGGCGGAAGAAGGUUUAGGGAUGAGUAGAGACCAUAGAUCCCUGCAUGGUCACACUGGAGCAAUAUCAUCAAUAAUGUGCCCUAUAUUGAACGGCAAUGUACCACAUCUAUAUGCUGCAUGGUAUGUAUUGUAAGCUACUAUUUUAUUGACUUGAAGGAUUGAGAGCUUGAUCUCUUAACGGAAUAUAGCCCAAUUACUAGUA